GGCGUCUCAACACAGCUUUGAGUCGCCAUUUUCCCCCUUCCAGGCCAUCCAAGAGAUGUGCACAAGCUUUGAAAAGUGAUGCGUGCCCGUAGUUUCCGUUUCUUGCUCCACCGGAGAGAAGCGAACUUGCCGUGCCGACGAAAACGCUGAAGUGUGACAUUAGUUUUGACCUCCUGUCUCACCGUCUGUUCGUCAAGUGGAUUUCCACUUUCCCAAUUUCAGAUUUUCAGAUGCAAAGGAAUCUGUGAAACGUAGCGACUAUCUCUGAAUGUUUACCUCGUGAAACGCGAACCCGAGGGCUGAUCGUUCGAGACAGCAUGCGCUGUGGCUAAAGUCUAGACACUUUGGUUGUGGAAAGCUCUCUUCUGUUCGGCUGGUGAGGCCAUUUUCACUUGAACGGGGAGCUUUCCUGUCGUGUCCCAAGGUCGAAUCAUUUGUUCUUUCACGAUGAGAAAUGGUUCUUAGUCCCCGCUUCAAUUCUUCACACUGGUGAACGCAGUUGAUCCCCUCAUUUUCUCAGGAGGAUGCUUCACUGGGCGUUAUUCCAUGACCUGCGAUUUCCAUUCUUCUUUUCUCCAUGGGCAUGCCUCUUUCUUGUACACGUUUCCUGAUUCAAACUUGGGGCAAAAAAAAUAUCAUGGGUGCCCCCGAGCAAGCAUGCGCCGUCAGUCCCUAAAAUUUUUCGACUCCGACAGGCCGGCCUGUGUGAAGUAACGUGACUCGUCUAAGCACGCGCAUUUGAGGUUGUGAGCGUGCAUUGGAUGUGCUUAUCGGCCACCUCGGAAGGCGCGUGGAACAAAAGUCAAGGCGGGAGACGCGAAUCAGACUUGCCACAAUUCGGCGUCUGGAUUGCCGUCCCCUGCCCUUUUCCUUGAUCCCUUCCUCUUGUUAUUCUUUGCCCUCGUUUCCUCCGCUCUUCUAGUCUGUAUCCUGUCUCGCAGUUUUCUUCCUCGUUUGCCUUCUCUCCCUCUCCCGCAUUUUCUGCUAAAUCGAAGUCGGUAACUCGCCACCGGCGUCACUGGAUGAUCUUUCUCUUCUCUCUCGGCUGUCUUUUUUUCGCGACACGAUGACAAAUCAUACGGAGGAGCAGGCACUUGAACUGGAGGCGCUGGAGGCGCUCUUCACUCGAGAGGAGGAAUUCGAAAAGCUCUCUCCCACUUCUUUCCGCCUCUCUCUCCUGCCUUGUCAAGAGGGCGAAGGCACUGACCAUGUUGCUGUUACGCUUCUUGUUGAAUACGUGCCAACGUACCCCGAUGAUCCUCCUCACUGGGAAAUCCAGUCAAGCAAAGGCUUAGACACGGAGGCCUUGGAAGAGCUGAAGAAGGAGGUCUCUGAAGCGAUGAAGAGAGAGGUUGGCGCGCCCAUGAUGUAUACGAUUGCCGAAUUUGUCCAAGAUUGGCUGCGAGAGCGAAACAAACCACAACAGUCUAUGUACGAUCAAAUGAUGAGUCGGGAGAAUGCGGCGGUAGUGGAAGAUGAAAGCGAUGAGGAGGAAGAAGAAGGCGACGGUGAUGAGCCGCAGUACACGGGUCUGGGAGACAAACAGCUCUGUGCAGCAACGACACAAGUUGCGCCGAAGCUGAAGCAGAGGCAGACGGUGUCGACGAGAACCAGAAAAACAGUCACGGCACAGGAGACACCGAGAAGAGAAUGUUUUGGAAGGAUGAGAGUCUCUUCGAAGGCGAAGACGACGAGGAACUUCUGUCCGAUUGAGGAUCACCUCUUACGCAAAGGUAAUUCCUCUUCUAUGCAUAUGCAUGUGCCACUGGGCGUGAACCUACAUGCGUAGCUGUGUACGUGUGUAUGUACGUCAACGGAUGGCCACGGAUCCAACCUGCUGAGCGUUUUAUCAUUCCUCAACACGGUUCUUCCAACUUCCUCCUUUUUUUGUUCCACAACCUUGUUUAAAUUUCCUCCGUUGUCUUGCACUCGUUGAUCUGGGGAAUGGGUUUCUAGAAGAAUUGACAUAUUGCCGACAGAAUUCGACAGAGGCUAUCUUCUUGCUGACUCUCUUUGCCUGGAAAACUGAGGAAGCAUUUGCGCGAAGGGCGAAGGCAACUUGUGGGUUGCGUCUUCGUGCCGGUGUUUCUGCUGGUUGUCAUACACCUUUCCUCGGUUCGCUAAUAUAACAAGAGGAAUACACGAUUUUUCGGCGCCACGUCACUUCACAGCUUAACAGAUUUCGCAAAGACUCUUGAGUGAGGCGUCUAGUGGUCGACUCCCUACGAAAAUAACGUGCACGUUGUAGUGCAUACAUUGUUUCUGGGUCCAAGAGCUGCAAACGAGAUGUCCUGUUUUAUCUUUACUACUCCGCCUAUUCAAAAUCCACCGCACUUGGUCAUCUGUUACCACAUCUGUUGGAGAAGUGGCUUUUUUCCUGUUUCUUCCACACACUGCAGAACUAUGACA